AUGUCUUCAAAAAAGUUGACCAAACUGAUCAAGGAAUUGAAUUCCACUCUGGACAAAGCCAUCACAAAGCAAUCUUCUAAAUCUUCAAAGAAAAUAACUUCUUCCACAACCUCCAAAGAAAAGAUAAAACCUGUGAUACCACCCACACGAGAACAAUUAAUUGAUAAAAUCAACGUCUCCGAUAAAUUAAAACAUUGCAUCUUUCAUCCGAGAAAAAUUCAAGAAAUUACCUAUGAUAUUUUGCAACACACUUCUUAUCCUGAUUAUUCAUUAUCGAUUAUAUUUUGCGGAAAUAAGUUUAUUACGAAAUUGAAUGAAAAGGAUCGGAGAAAGAAGGGACCUACAGAUAUUCUUUCAUAUCCCACUUAUUCACCGGAUCUGGAACAUAAUUUUCCAUUGAUGGAUACUGAAGAUGGUCCAAUUCCAAAAGAACUUGCUGCUGUUUUGGCAAACGAACACAAAUUAAUUUUGGAGCAAGAAAAGUAUUUGGGUGAAAUGGUCAUCUCUCAGCCCUAUAUUGUCGAUUAUUGUAAACAGAAGAACCUUUCAUUGAACCAUCAUAUGGCACUCCUUCUCACACAUGGAGUUCUGCAUUUGAUGGGAUAUGACCAUGAAGUGAAAAAAGAUUACCUUGUCAUGAGGGCAAAAGAAAAAGAAAUUUUGGCUGCCUUAGAAGAGGAAAGAGGUCCUGAGGAGUGGGCAAAUCUCAAUCUUUUAAAGGAUGAGGCCGUUAAAGAAGAAGACCCUUUACCUGAAUAA